GGCGUGGCCACUUGCGGGAAAAGCGGCUGCUGACCCAGAAGUGCUUUCGCUUUUGUUUCCUGUGGGUGGAAGAAGCACCUGCCGGCCCUGAAGAUGGCGGCGCCCGCCACGACAAGCCCUCUGGACGGGGAGGCCGAGCCCCGCCUCAGCAAGAACGAGCUGAAGCGGCGCCUGAAGGCCGAGAAGAAAGUGGCUGAGAAGCAGGCGAAGCAGAAGGAGCAGGGAGAGAAACUGCCGCCAAAGCCCGCCGCCUGCGCGACUGAGGACGAGGAAAACCUCGACCCCAACCAAUACUACAAGAUCCGCAGUCAGGCCAUCCAGCAACUGAGAGGCACUUCUGAAGAUCCCUUUCCACACAAGUUUCAUGUGGAUAUCUCACUGUCAGACUUUAUAGAAAAGUACAACCACCUACAGGCAGGGGAUCAUCUUACUGAUGUUACAGUGAGACUAGCAGGCCGGAUUCAUGCCAAACGAGCCUCUGGAGGAAAGUUGAUAUUUUAUGAUCUUCGUGGGGAGGGAGUUAAGUUGCAAGUUAUGGCAAACUCCAGAAACUACAAAUCUGAAGAAGAAUAUAUGCACAUUAACAACAAGCUCCGUCGUGGGGACAUUAUUGGGGUCCAAGGGAAUCCUGGCAAGACAAAGAAAGGGGAACUGAGCAUCAUUCCGUAUCAAAUCACCCUCCUAGCUCCAUGCCUUCACAUGCUACCUCAUCUUCAUUUUGGGCUGAAAGACAAGGAAACCAGAUUUCGGCAGAGAUACCUGGAUUUAAUUCUUAAUGACUUUGUAAGGCAAAAAUUCAUAGUCCGAGCAAAAAUGAUAACAUACCUUCGAAGCUUCCUAGAUGAAUUGGGCUUUUUGGAGAUUGAGACUCCCAUGAUGAACAUCAUACCUGGAGGGGCUGUGGCAAAACCUUUUAUCACCCACCAUAAUGAGCUGGACAUGGACUUGUACAUGAGAAUAGCACCAGAACUCUACCACAAGAUGCUAGUGGUUGGCGGAAUAGACCGGGUCUAUGAAAUUGGGCGCCAGUUCCGGAAUGAAGGCAUUGAUUUAACUCACAACCCAGAAUUCACAACCUGUGAAUUUUACAUGGCAUAUGCAGACUACCAUGACUUGAUGGAGAUCACAGAACAAAUGCUCUCAGGGAUGGUGAAACACAUCACUGGCAGCUACAAGGUGACGUACCACCCUGAAGGCCCAGAUGGACAGUCCUAUGAGAUAGACUUCACACCACCCUUCCGCAAAAUUAGUAUGGUGGAUGAGCUGGAGAAAAUAUUGGGAGUGACCUUUCCUGCUACAGAUCAGUUUAAUACAGAAGAGACUCGUAAAUUCUUUGAUGCUAUAUGUGAAGAGAGGGGGGUUGAAUGCCCGCCCCCCCGGACUACAGCCAGGCUCCUUGAUAAGCUGGUUGGGGAAUGUUUGGAAGUUACGUGCAUUAACCCCACAUUUAUCUGUGAUCACCCUCAGAUCAUGAGUCCUCUGGCAAAAUGGCAUCGCCGUCGGCAGGGCUUGACAGAACGCUUUGAGCUUUUUGUGAUGAAGAAGGAGAUCUGCAAUGCCUACACAGAAUUGAAUGAUCCUUUUCUGCAGCGGGAGCUUUUUGAAGAUCAGGCUAAGGCAAAAAGUGCAGGUGAUGAUGAGGCAAUGUUUAUUGACGAGAACUUCUGCACGGCUCUGGAGUACGGGCUCCCCCCUACAGCAGGCUGGGGCAUGGGCAUCGACCGCCUAACCAUGUUCCUGACUGACUCAAACAACAUUAAGGAGGUGUUGUUAUUUCCAGCCAUGAAACCUGAAGAAAAGAAGAAAGAUGCACAAUCCAAUUCUCCUGCUGAUGGGACCUCUGUGUGACCCAACAGGCUGCAUUAGGGGACAGAGGCUGUUCUGGGCCUUUGAACAUGCCAGGGCACGCUUCUGUAUUUUACAAUCAUGAAUAAAGGAGCUGUGUGCUAUU